AUGGAGGAACAUCCUCGAGUUCCUAGCUCUACUGCAAACCGAAAUGUUCGAGAUGCGUAUGACAGAUGGGUCAAAGCAAAUGAAAAAGCUCAAGCCUACAUCUUAGCUAGCAUAUCCGAUGUGUUAACUAAGAAGCAUGAAAACAUGGUCACCACUAGGGAGAUCAUGGAGUUAUUACAUGCAAUGUUUGGGCAACUGUCCUCAUCCAUUCGACGUGAUGAUAUUAAAUACAUUUACAAUUCCCAUAUGAAGGAGGCGACUUCUGUUAGAGAACAUGUCCUGGACAUGGUGGUCCACUUCAAUAUAGCAUAA